AAAUUUGUUUAUUUUAGGCCACCAAAACGAUCGCUUCAAAGGACAAGUCCAAAAAUAUUAUGCGCGAUCUGCGUAUCCGCAAGCUCUGCCUGAACAUUUGCGUCGGUGAAUCUGGUGAUAGGCUGACCCGUGCCGCCAAGGUGUUGGAGCAGCUGACCGGUCAGACCCCAGUUUACUCGAAGGCUCGUUAUACCGUCCGUUCCUUCGGUAUUCGCCGUAAUGAAAAGAUCGCUGUUCACUGCACUGUCCGUGGUGCCAAGGCCGAGGAAAUCCUUGAACGUGGUCUGAAGGUGCGUGAAUAUGAGUUGAGACGCGACAAUUUCUCCCAGACCGGCAACUUCGGUUUCGGUAUCCAAGAACAUAUCGAUCUGGGCAUCAAGUACGACCCAUCGAUCGGUAUCUACGGUCUGGAUUUCUACGUUGUGCUGGGACGUCCAGGAUACAACGUAGCUCAGAGACGGCGUAAGACCGGCAAAAUCGGUUACAUUCACCGUCUGACCAAGGAAGACGCCAUGAAGUGGUUCCAGCAGAAGUACGACGGUAUCAUCCUGAACAGCAAAGCGAAGUAAAAUGCGUUCCAAAACCAAGUUUUUACUGUCUUUGUAAUAAGCUAAUACUAUUAAACACAAGAAAAAAUUAUGAAAACACCUGAGAUCUA